CCCGUACCGCUCGCCAUGGCCGCCGCUUCACUCCGCUCCGCCCUCCUCUCCCCGGCCGCCGCCCUCCGCCGCCUCUCCUCCGCCCCGCGCGCGCCCCGUUUCGCCCAGCCCAAGAGAUUCGACCGGGUCCGCCGGUUCUUCCCGGCCGCCGCCGCCGCCAUGUCGACGUCGUCGGGGACGAAGGAGGCGCCGGCCAACAACCCGGGCCUCCAGACCGAGAUUGACCCCGCCACCAAGGGCUACUUCAUGCAGCAGACAAUGUUCCGUGUGAAGGACCCAAAAGUGAGCCUCGACUUCUACUCGCGUGUAAUGGGCAUGUCGUUGUUGAAAAGGUUGGAUUUUCCCGAUAUGAAGUUCAGCUUGUAUUUUCUUGGUUAUGAGGAUUUGUCCGCAGCCCCUGCUGAUCCUGUCAAGCGGACUGAAUGGACAUUUGGGCAAAAAGCUACCAUCGAGCUCACUCACAACUGGGGCACAGAAACUGAUCCUGAAUUCAAAGGCUACCAUAAUGGGAACUCAGAUCCUCGUGGUUUCGGCCAUAUAGGGGUAACAGUGGAUGAUGUCUAUAAGGCAUGUGAGCGCUUCGAACGUCUUGGGGUAGAGUUUGUGAAAAAACCAGAUGACGGGAAAAUGAAAGGUAUUGCAUUCAUCAAAGAUCCUGAUGGCUACUGGAUUGAAAUAUUUGACCUGAACCGAAUUGGGGAGGUCACGGCUACAGCAUCAUGAAGUGUUAGAACACCGAAACUGGAAAAAAAAGGCUUGCACCUUCAGAGAUGAUAGUAUGAACUCAGUUAUACAACUAUGUUUAGUUUCUUGUACCGCCAACCGCCGCUGCAUCAUAAAGACAACAUGUGACCGAUGUUUGAAAUAAAGUGUUCUUUCAUGAAUUCA